AACGGAAGUGAUCGUUUGUCUCACUUUUCGCCUGUUGCAAAACACAGUCCCCUCGACUAACAGAAGUACACUGUUCCCCCCCUGAACUGGAGUGGCUCUGCAGAGCUCGGCGACUGAUUCUAGGGUACCGGAAGAUGCUGAACGCCCCGGCUGCAGAGCGGAACAAGGAGCCCAUCCUGGCGGUUCUGCGGGGCUGCGUGGACCCCAGGGGGCCCCUUCAGGCCCUGGAGGUCUCGUCCGGCACCGGGCAGCACGUCGCCCACUUCGCCCGGGCCCUGCCCCACAUCACCUGGCAGCCGUCCGAGUAUGACCACCAGUCGCUGGCCAGUAUAGAAGCGUAUCGGACCCACUACCAGCUGGACGGGGUCAAACCCGCCAUCCACCUGGACGCCUCCUCACCGUGGGACAGCUGGGGGUCGGGGUCCCUCCAGGCUGAGAGCCUCGACCUGGUGGUCAACAUCAACAUGAUCCACAUCUCCCCCAUAGCGUGUACCGAGGGUUUAUUCAAAGGGGCAGGUCACAUUCUAAAACCCCAAGGAAUUCUCCUGACCUAUGGGCCAUAUGCUGUGAAUGGUCAGAUCACCCCAGAGAGCAACGUAAACUUUGACCUCAGUCUCAGACAAAGGAACGCUGCGUGGGGCCUCAGAGACAUCGCUCUGCUCAGCUCCAUGGCCCAGAGGAGGGGUUUGUUCCUGGAGAAAGUGGUGGACAUGCCAGCCAACAACAAAUGUCUUCUGUUCAGGAAGGAGAGUUUGGUGUAGGAGACCUGAGGAGGCUUUUCCUCUGGGGGUUUAAAACGUGUUUCCAGUGACAGUCGGCUGUCCGUCCUCAUCCACACGAAUUGCCAAGUUAUUCCAUUUCACAAUAUAUCGAAUGAGUCAUUCUGAAUGAAGAUAUUAAUACAUUAUGUAUCUGUUUCUAUCAAGACUGUAGCUGGUUCUAACCAGCUAGUACAGACUGGUCAGAACCGGCUACAGACUGGCCAGAACCGGCUACAGACUGGUCAGAACCGGCUACAGACUUGUUAAAACCAGCUCCAGACUGGAUAGAACCAGCUCCAGACUGGUUAGAACUGGCUCCAGAAUGCUUAGAACCAGCUACGGUUUGGUUAGUACCGACAACGAUUUGGUUAGAACCGGAUACAAACUGAUUAGAACCGGCUACAGACUGAGUAGCACAAAAAUUCACUCAGUAAAUUAUUGACAUGAUUAUUAUUUUAUGUCACAUUACUUUUGCCAUUUCAGUUUUAUGCUCCUUCACAAUAUUUUUUUUCUAAUUAUUUGAAUUUUUUCUUUUUUUAAAUAUCAAUAAAGCUUAUUGUUUUUCCAUUUUACCGUGUCUCAAUAUGUUUUAAGUGUGAUCCCGUGUAUAGCACAGAGAG